CGGCGGAGUGCAGCCAUGAAGUUCGUCGACAAGAUCGCCAAGCAUGGUAAGAGCAGGCUGUUCUACACGUUCGAGUUCUUCCCGCCCAAGACGGACCAGGGUUUCGAGAACCUGGUCUCGCGCAUAGCGCGCAUGGUCGGGCUGAACCCCCUGGCUCUCAGCGUUACAUGGGGCGCCGGAGGUACCACGAAGGAGCGUAGUCUCGACCUCGCGGGGCUGACCCAGAUCGAGUACGGGGUGGACACGAUCUUACAUUUGACAUGUACAAACAUGGAGCAAGGGAUGGUGGAUGCUGCGCUUAGGGAAGCCAAGGAGCGAGGGAUCGAAAGCAUCCUUGCUCUCCGAGGAGAUCCACCAAGAGGGGAGGAGCACUGGAUACCCACCGACUCCCGCUUCCAGCACGGUGUCGAUCUCGUUCGAUACAUCAAGUCGACCCCGGAGUUCUCACACUUCUGCGUCGGCGUGGCAGCAUAUCCCGACGGUCAUCCUGACAGGGAUACAAAUGAAGACGUCGAGCUGGACCAACUGAAAGAGAAGGUCGAUGCAGGCGCGGAGUUCAUCAUCACACAGCUCUUCUACGAUGUCGACAAUUUCCUGCAGUGGGUGGGCAAAGUACGCGCGAAAGGCAUUACUGUCCCCAUCAUCCCCGGCGUCAUGCCGAUCCAAACAUAUGCGUCCUUCCUUCGCAUGACGAAGCUUUGCGCGACGCGGGUCCCAGCGACCCUCAUGUCGGACCUUGUUCCCAUCCGCCAUGACGACCAGAAGGUCAAAGACUUCGGCGUAAACCUUGCUGUGGACAUGAUCCGGCAGCUGCAGCGCGGCGGCAUUGAGGGUGUCCACUUUUGCACACUCAAUUUGGAGAAGAGUGUCAUCCGCGUCCUCGAAUCACUGGGAUUGGCGGGCAAUAUUCCAACUCUUGCCAACAGACUUAUCUCAGAUAUGCCAUCGCCACCGGAGCGCACAGUUACACCACACACGGCCGCCGAUCGCGCAACGAAGGAGUUGGCGUCCGCCCCCCAACCUGAGCUCGAAGCGGGCAAAGGCGAGCUCAACGCUGCGGCGGACUGGGACGACUUCCCGAACGGUCGGUUCGGAGACUUUAAGAGUCCCGCCUACGGCGACACGGACCGGUGGGGCAGUUCUGCCCUGCAGAACAACGCCGCACUCUCGCACUGGGGCAGCCCGCAGACUGUCGAGGACCUCACCAACAUGUUCAUGCGAUACUUGCACUCUAAAAUCGCGGCGACGCCAUUCUCACCGACGCCGCUUUCUCCGGAGUCGCUGAUGAUUUUUCCCCACCUGGAGAAGCUGACGCGACGAGGAUGGUGGACUGUUGGAUCGCAGCCCGCGAUCAACGGCGUGCCUUCUACGGAUGAUGUCGUUGGCUGGGGUCCCAAGGGCGGGUACGUAUAUCAGAAGUGCUUCGUCGAGUUCUUCGUCGAGCAGAAGGACGUCGAGCGCAUUGUCAAGAGGGUACAGGAGGAAGGCGCCGGUUGGGUGGAUCUGUUCGCAGGGAAUGUGAAGGGUGAGGUGUUGACGAGUGUACCGGAAGGCGGGCGAAACGCCGUCACCUGGGGCGUCUUCCCGGGUCAGGAAAUUGCGCAGACUACCAUCAUCGAAAAGGAGUCCUUCUUGUCAUGGAAGGACGAAGCCUUCUCCAUCUGGUCGGAGUGGGCAUCGUUCUUCCGACCCGGUUCUCAGGAGCGCACACUUUUGGAGGGCGUUCGGGAUCAGCGCUGGCUUGUCAGCCUGGUACACCACGACUACAUGGAUCCAGCCGCGUUGUGGACUUUCUUGUUUAAGGGUGACGACCCUCUCGUGUAGUAUACUUGCUGUCUUUAGGAGUGAUAUAACGACGUCGAAUGAAUGUAUGUACC